CCAGGUGGAUUUGGUGACUUGUUUUUAGUAUGGCAAGGUUGGGUGUUUUUACCACACUGGCUUCAAACGUUUGACACACAGCAAACAAACCAAACUUUCUACGUCGUCGUGCACGGUCGCAACCAUGAUGAGGCAUGCAUAUGCAUUGGCGGUAGCCGCUGUCUUGGCAACUACGACAGGCGUGACGCGCGCCGCUACGUCGGAUGUGUGUCUGUCCCGGUUUUGUCUAAGGGACAACGAUGCGACCUGCGACCGAAAGUUUGAAAAGUGUCCUGUUUGCUUGUCCCUCGACAUCAAAGUGAUUCGAUGUACGUCUCCGACGUUAGGCUUUUGCUCGGUCCUGGGCUUUGGCGAUAAGAAGUGCAAUGUCACUUGGGAAGCUCCCGACAACCCGGAGAAUCCAACGACCGCCCCCGUAGAAACAACCGAGGCGCCGACUACCACCGUAAAACCUAUCAGAACCACCGCAGCUCCGACGACGACGAGAGCCAUCAACACAACCACAGCGGUCCCUACCACGACCAAGGCAAGCGUCACCACGAAACCCACGACCACACCCGUCGCAACGUCUGCGUUAGAAGUCCCCACGACCCAACCUACGACGACAGCACCAAAGCAAGACGACGCAGGUACUGGGGCUGGAUGGAUCACGUACGCUGGCAUCGGCGUGGGGGCGGCGGUUGUCAUUGCCUUUGUCGCGCUCCUUGUCCUUCGUAUGAAGCGCCGCGAAGAAGACGACGAGGACGACGAAAUAUCAUCGUACAAACAACCCACCGCCGCGGAACAAGCGCAGUACAAUCCGUACUCGAAUAACAAUAACCCACCCCCGUCGGAGCAGCCUGCCGUCGCAGCUUCCAACCUCCGAGCCAAUCUCGAUCCUCCCACAAGUCAGGUAUCCGACAAUGUGCCUGGGGGUGUUGCGGCGCCCGCGGCAGCUGCUGCAGUUGUGACCGAAGGCCCGCGUCAAAAAUCCGUGCACACCGACGUUUGGGGCAACGUGCCGUCGAGCUACCGCGAAAAUGACGUGGCAAGUUAUUCUGGAAACGACAGCUUCCUCUCGGACGGAAGCAGCUUGCGUCGCACUGGCAACUCGGCGAGUGGCGAUGGCAAGAUCCGCGACAACGAAACUCGUCUGUCUGUUGAAUUUUAAAUCAAAUCGCGAUCGCAACGGUGGUCGGACUGAUCACACGCCCACCACCACCACUUGGCUCACACCCAGGUGCAGCCAACACAACAUGGCGUGGUGGUAGCUUUGGACACCCCCGUGUAUUGUCGAUGGGGAAGAUCAAAAGCAAUCCUAAAGUCUGACUUCGCUAUUGUUGUUCGGAUAUGGUUACCGUACAUUAAUCGUGUGUUGUCAUGGAAAUUUGUCGAAGAAACUGCCAAUCAAAAUCAACCAAUCGUACGUAAUACAGCCAGCAUACAAUUGUG